AUGAGUUUCCUUAGACGCAUUUUUAAGCUAGGUGUGAAGUCAACCCAUACUGUAGAGGAGUCUGAGUAUCUAAAGUGGUCUAGAGAACAGUUGAUUGAGAGACUAUUACAGUUAGAGACAGAAAAGAGGUCAAUCGACGAUGAAGUUGAGGAUAAGAAGCAUAAAAGGGUAAAGACUGAAGGUGUUGCUAAAAAAGGGAAAAGAAAGCAGUAUAGGGAAUUCGAUUUUUCAAAAUAUAAUACCAGAUUUAUCGCACUGAAAUUUGCAUAUUUAGGCUGGAACUAUAAUGGUUUAGCAAUCCAGAAGGAACCAACGCCGCUUCCAACCGUUGAAGGGACGAUUUUAGAAGCUAUGAGCAAGUGUAAACUAGUGCCCUCUAUGGUGCCUCAAGAUUAUAAUUUUAGCAGAUGUGGCAGAACAGAUAAGGGUGUGAGCGCUAUGAACCAAGUAAUUUCGUUGUCCGUGAGAUCUAAUUUGACUGCUGAAGAACAGCUAGACCCGGCCAAUGACUCAAAAGAGAUACCAUAUGUUCAUAUAUUAAACCAGCUUUUGCCCGAUGAUAUUAGAGUAUCGGCUGUUUGUUUGAGACCUCCAGAAGGUUUUGAUGCAAGAUUCAGCUGCAAGUAUCGUCAUUAUAAGUACUUAUUCAAGAAGGAUAGUUUGAAUAUCGAUCUUAUGCAAGAAGCUGCUAAGAUGUACAUAGGUGAGCAUGAUUUUAGAAAUUUCUGCAAACUUGAUGGGUCAAAACAAAUUACCAACUACAAAAGGGUCAUUCUCAGUUCACAAAUACUGCACAUUGACGGUGAUAUGUAUUGUUUUGAUCUUAUUGGAUCUGCAUUUUUAUGGCAUCAAGUGCGCUGUAUGAUGGCUAAUUUAUUUCUAAUUGGGCAAGAAUUGGAGGAUAUUUCUUUAAUCAGUAAUCUUUUGAGUCCGUCGAAGUAUCCGCAGAAACCUAUUUAUGAAUUAGCGAGUGAUAUUCCUUUAAUUCUUUAUGAUUGUAAAUUUGAGAAUAUUGAGUGGCUUGAUCCUGAUCUAACGAACGAUAAGACUAUGAAAUCCAGUAGAAUAGUUGACUCAGUUGAGUUAGAUUAUAAGUUGAAAUCCACAAUUUCAUCACUAUUAAAAGAGAAUUUCCCCAGGGCAGUAAUACGUGGAAAAACAAUUAUAAACGUUGGCGAUGGUAAAGGCAAAGUCGUCGCCACUUAUAAAAAGUUGCUGGAAAGGAAUUUCAUGGAUUCUGCAGAAACCAUAAAUGCUAAAUAUCGGCAACGCAAGGCUAAGCGUAAUCAAGAAUAA